AUGGUAGCGACAAAGGGAAGCGUCGGCGAUGUAGUACAGCGCGAGCGGUCGGUCGACAACGAAAAUGUACAGCCCGGGGCGAUGCCGAUGAAGAACGCGAACGAUGAAAAUUCUCGUUUGACGACGGCACCAGUUUCGAACGGAUUUAUGCCCGGUCGGACGGCCGGUUGGUCGGCCGAUUUUCUAACGAUUGAAAAGUUUCGAAUACUUUGCCGGUAUGACGUCUCGAAGCGUGGCACGGGUUGA